AACGCUACAAACGGAAACCGGAAGUCUGUCACCUGAUGACGAUUGCAGCCAUUUUGACUGGAGGAGUGAAGCUCUCUGGAACUGCGUGUUUGUUCUUCAGCGGUCAUAUUAACACUUAAAAGUUCGUCACCAUGGCUAUGCAAGCGGCGAAACGCGCUAAUAUCCGAUUACCUCCAGAGGUGAACAGGAUCCUGUAUGUCAGGAAUCUUCCUUACAAGAUCACUGCCGAGGAAAUGUAUGACAUCUUUGGGAAAUAUGGCCCAAUACGGCAAAUCAGAACGGGAAACACACCUGAAACAAGAGGAACAGCCUACGUGGUUUAUGAAGACAUCUUUGAUGCCAAGAAUGCCUGUGACCAUCUGUCAGGCUUCAACGUCUGCAACCGUUACCUGGUGGUCCUCUACUACAACGCAAACAGAGCUUUCCAGAAGAUGGAUACAAAGAAGAAGGAGGAACAGUUGAAGCUUCUAAAAGAGAAAUAUGGCAUCAACACAGACCCUCCAAAGUAACAAUCUGGAAACAUCAUCCACCACGUCACCCCUUACACCACCACGUCUACAGUCUUUCCUUCUCUGUCUGUACAAAAACCACGUCUACUCUGGUAUUUUCUUACUGAUAACGAUGGUGAAAAUGUUUUUUUUUUAAAUGAUUUUGUGAAAUGCGUUUGAAAUAUUUUGUGUUAUUUCCAUCAAAUGAGUUAUAACAUCAGGGCCGGGAGCUGUUGUGUGCCAUUCAUAUUAAAUAUUGUUUCUCAAAAUUCACCUUUCAGUUAGAUUUUCAGAAAAGAACCUGGGUUUGUGUUUCUGUUGAGACGAUCGACAGGCAAGACGGAGAAACAAUAUUUACCCUGCAAAAGAUGUUAAAAUCUAGAAGGGCAGGUUGUUUUUCAGGCUUUUUGUUUUAAGUUUGUUUCAUCCACCUUUUUAAUUUAAAGCCAACCUUGGUUGAACAGUGUGUGAUUCCACAUUGAGUUGAUCGGCGCUGACCAUAAAUGUAAAUGGUUUCUGUAAAAUAAAUGUUCCUUUUCUAAAAGC